AGCGCGACGCCGCAGCGACAGGAGUCUGGCUACAGGCUGCAGAGUGUGUGUGAGUGAGAGCAUCUAUAGGUCUGACCCGGAGGAGAGUGUGUGUGUAGCUUGUGUGGGAGACAGAAGGGAGAGCGGAACGCACGGGCACAACUUUGGAUAACUCACCCGGCAGGACAGAAACACCUCUCUCGCUCCAUCUCUUCUAUCAUCUAUCUCUCUCAUUGCUAACGGAUUCAAGCGGCGUGAUAGACUACUGCUCUGGCUGCGGGGAAGAUGUUAAUGUGUGCUUAUAGGAUGUGCACGUUCGGUGGGAUGUUGUGUCGCGUGGUGCCGGUGCUGUGGCUGGUCCUUUCGGUGGUCUCGGGGUUCAACCUGCAUGCGGAGCGCCCGGCCGUGUACGGAGGACCAGAGGGCAGCUACUUUGGUUACUCCGUGGACUUCUACCGACCGACCCCCGAAAGCAGCACGUUGAGUGUGUUGGUGGGAGCGCCCAAGGCCAACACAUCCCAGCCAGGCAUCAUAGAGGGAGGAGCUGUCUACUACUGUCCCUAUCCCCCAAACCCUGACUCCACCAAGCAACCCUACAGCUGCACACAGAUACCCUUCGACAACGCCAAUAACAGGAUGAUUAAGGUUAAUGGCACCAGGGAGCCUCUGGAGUUCAAGUCUCACCAGUGGUUUGGAGCCUCAGUUAGAACUCACAAAGGCAAAGUGGUGGCCUGUGCUCCUCUCUACCACUGGCGUACUGUGAAGGUGAACGGUGAGAAGGACCCGGUAGGAACCUGCUAUGUUGCCGUGCAGAACUUCAGCGCCUACGCAGAAUACUCACCCUGUAGGACCAAUGAUCCAGACCCGGAGGGACAGGGUUUCUGCCAGGCCGGGUUCAGUGUGGACUUCACCAAGGAGGGGACACUGGUGGUGGGUGGACCUGGAAGCUUCUACUGGCAAGGUCAGGUGAUGACUGCAGGCGUAGCAGAGAUAUUGAAUGGUUACUCUCUAAAAGCCGUGCUCAGGAGAGUCCAUGGAGAGAAACAGACACACGCUGCAGCUGAUACCCAUGACGACAGCUAUCUAGGUUACUCUGUGGCAGUGGGGGAAUUCACAGGAGACUCAGAGCAAGAGCUGAUAGCUGGGGUUCCGAGAGGGGCACAGAACUUUGGAUAUGUAGCUGUGAUUAACUCCACUAAUUUGACAUUCAUCAUGAACUUCACAGGAGAGCAGAUGGCUUCCUACUUUGGCUAUUCUGUGGCUGUUACUGACCUCAAUGGAGACGGGUAUGAUGAUGUACUGGUAGGAGCCCCUCUCUACAUGGAGAGAGAGAGGGAGAGUAAGCCCAAGGAGGUGGGUCGUGUCUACCUGUACCUCCAGCACUCCCCGCUCACCUUCUCCGAGCCCCUUCUCCUGACGGGAACACACACCUUUGGACGCUUUGGCACUGCCAUCGCCCCGCUAGGAGACCUCAACCAGGACGGAUACAAUGACGUGGCAGUGGGUUGUCCGUUUGGAGGGGAGGACCGGAGUGGCCUGGUGUUGAUCUACAAUGGCCAGAGAGACCUGACGGCCCGCGGCCUAACCCUCAGCCAGGAGCUCUAUGGAGCCUGGGCCUCCAGUAGUGGCCUCUCCGGCUACGGCUUCACCCUGAGGGGGGACAGAGACCUGGACAACAACCAUUACCCUGAUCUGAUAGUGGGAGCAUUUGGUAAAGGGGAGGUGUCGGUGUACAGGGCUCGUCCUGUAGUGUCAGUGGAGGCUGAGAUGAUCCUGACUCCUAGAAUCCUGAACCCUGACGACCGAUCCUGCCUCCUGACAGAAUCUGAUACCAUGGUAACCUGUCUCAGGGUAGAUAUUUGUGCAAAGGUGAGCGGUGUGGGGAUCCCAGACUCUGUAGUCUUGAAUGCAGAGCUGCAACUGGAUUGGCUGAAAGGUGUGAGGGGCGGAGUAAAAAGAGUUCAUUUCCUGGAUUCCCAUCAGCCCCAGCACACAGGGGUCCUAACUCUUGGCCACAGCCGUCCACACUCCUGCCUGAACUACACGGUCUACCUACGAGAGGAGGAUGAAUUUAGGGAUAAAUUGACUCCCAUCUCAUUGGCUCUGAACUACAGUUUAGCCCCUCCUUCCAACCUGGACCUCCCCCCUAUCCUCAACCGCUACAGCAGUACCUUCCUGCAGGAACAGGCGUAUAUUCUGCUGGACUGUGGGGAAGACAACGAGUGUAUUCCAGACCUCCAGCUGUCUGCAAGCAUGGACCGUACAGAGCUGGUGGUCGGGGAUGACAACCUGGUCAUGUUGACCAUAAACGCGGUUAACAAAGGAGAGGGGGCAUAUGAGACAGAGCUACACACACUCCUACCCCCUGAGGCUGAUUACAUAGGAGUGGAACGCAGGAUAGAGUCUCUAUCCAGGUUGAACUGUGAGUACAGGAUGGUGAAUGACUCCAGACUGGUGGUGUGUGACCUGGGGAACCCUAUGGUUGCUGGAACAGAAGUAUCUGUAGGUUUAAGGUUUGCUGUCCAAAGGCUGGAUGAUGCCGGUCCUCACAUUGACUUUGACCUACAGAUCCACAGUUCAAACAAAGACAACUCCAAGAGCAACCCAGUCAGUCUGUCUCUCUCCAUCUCUGCCAGAGCUCAGCUAGACCUGAGGGGGGUGUGUCAUCCCUCUCAGGUGGUUCUUCCGUUUCCUCACUGGGAGCCCAAAGAGAAGCCGGUCAAAGAGGAUGACGUAGGACCCCAGGUCACACACAUCUACGAGCUCCAUAACUCAGGUCCCAGCAGUAUUCGGGAGGCGGAGCUCCAGGUGGGCUGGCCCUCUCGUUUCCGUGAUGAACAUCUGCUCUACGCUCUGGAGGUUCUAACGGAAGGACCAAUCAGCUGCCGGAGCAACACCAGCCUCAACAUCCUGGGCCUACAGAUGUCCUCUGUCCAGGACACUCCAGAAUUGUUGGGCUUUCUGAGAAACAGUAGCUCUCCUCACCGCUACAGACGAGCCACCAGCGCUGCCCAGCCCUACAGCAGCAAGACCCUGAACUGCAGUAACAUCAUUUGUCUAAGAGUUCUGUGUGUGGUCGGGCGGUUGGACCGUGGUCAGAGCGCUGUAGUCAAGAUCCGUUCCCGACUCUGGGCUCACACCUUCCUCCAGAGACGUAACGACCCAUACCUCCUCAACUCCACCGUGUCCUUCAGAGUGACGGCCCUGCCCUACCGCCUCCAGCCCUCCUCCUUUCCCCAACACACCACUUCAAUGGGUACACUGGUGCUGUGGGGGACUCCUGAUGUGGCGUUUGCUGUUCCUCUGUGGGUCAUCAUCCUGGCCAUCCUACUGGGACUGCUGGUCCUGGCCAUGCUAACACUGGCCAUGUGGAAGUGUGGGUUCUUUGACCGGGCACGGCUGCCAGCGGAUGACGUGUCAGACCGUGAGCAGCUGACCUCUGACCAAUUAGCAGACGCCUAAGAACGCCCACUCGCGCCAUGGAGACCAGUUCUUGAUUCAAGGAAGCUGUUUGGGAGGAGUUCCACCUCUUGAGUGAAAUUAAACUGAAAUGAGAUCUGCAGGCAGACUGCACUCACAGAUCAAAGGUUCUUUACCCCUUUUAAAGCUGGUCUGUCAUCAGUGAUUGGACUGCAAGCUCACAGGCCAAAGGCUGAAGUGCCAUUAAGACUUGUAUUCAAACAUCACCAGAGAGACUGGGAACAACCCACACAGAUGGAACUGCACACAUAAACACUAUUUAAGCAAACACAACCACUUGGAUGUAUAUGAGGCCUCAAGACAAUCUUGGACAGUAGAAUGGACUCUGGUCCUAACCCUGCUUGUAGUUGAAUAUGUUUCUAUGCACCGCUUGCCUCUGUGGGUUAGACUACUUGGGGAUCUGUAUGGUUGGAUAAUUCAGUUGGAGUUAACCAGUUUGGCUAACUUCAAAUGGAGUUACCAUCUGAUGUCAGUGACUUGGUGUCUGCCUGCUUUCACUGUUAAAUACAUUCCACCAUUGAUCAAAUGCGCGCGCACACACACACACACAGGGGGCUGUAUAUAUCUAUGGAUGGUGUAUGUGCAAUAUUGGGACAUUCUGUGUGAUACUGAAGCUUGUUUACACUGGUAUUAUUUUAUUAGAACUUGGUGUUCAAAUUCUUUGUGUAUAUUGUUUAGUUAGUAUACUAUUGUCUAUGUGAGUGUUUUUGUUGGCAUAUUAGUGUAUACAGUGCCUUCAGGAAGUAUUCAGACCCCUUUACUUAAAAAUAUAUAUAUUAUGUUACAGCCUUAUUCUAAAAUGGAUUAGAUCAUUAUUUUCCCUCAUCAAGCUACACUCAAUACCCCAUAACGACAAAGCAAAAACAGGUUUUUAGACAUUUUUGUAAAUUUCUUAAAAAUAAAAAACUGAGCAAUUACAUUUACAUAAGUAUUCAGACCCUUAACUCGGUCUAAGGUCCUAAGUGCCCUGAAGCAGGUUUUCAUCAAGGAUCUCUCUGCACUUUGCUCUGUUCAUCUUUCCCUCGAUCGCUGCCAAAGGUGCUUCGACAAAGUACUGAGUACAAAGUAAAGGGUCUGAAUACUUAUGUAAAUGUGAUAUUUCCAAAAAUAUUUGCAAAAAUGACCAAAUCUGUUUUAGCUUUGUGUAGAUUGAGGGGGGGAAACAAUUGAAUACAUUUUUUAAUAAGGCUGUGACAUAACUAAAUGUGGAAAUAGUCAAGGGGUCUGAAUACCUUCCGAAGGCACUGUAAGUAUUGAAAGAGAGAAGUGUUUAUAAUGGGUCCAACUGUUUAAAAAAGAGAACGUGGGACUGGGCUAAAUACAAAAGGAACUACAUUAACAUUAGCAUCCAAUGUGAGAGGUUUAGGCCUAGAUUCAAUCAGACCAAUUGUUAAUAGGCGCUAGCUGACACCCCAUAACUAGCCGACAAACCCAGAAUUAUUCCAAACACAUUUAAAAAGAAAGGGAAAGUCAUUGAGUUACAUCUCAGAAAACACAACACUAAAGUAUACAACAUAAUAUUACUUCAAUACAAAGCAAAAAUGUAAUAGCCUAACAAUUUCAAGUGAUUAGGUGAUCUUCUAGGUCUAUAUAGCAGUAACCUCAAGGGCUGGCGGGGAGGCCAAGAGUACUAAUUUUAUAGGCCUAUAUAGCAGUAACCUCAAGGGCUAGGAGUGGGGCCAAGAAUACUGAUCUGGAGGAAGGUGAUGCUAUAGGCCUAUGUAGCAGUAACCUUAAGGGCUGGAGGUGGGGCCAAUAAUACUAAUCUGGAGGAAGGUGAUGCUAUAGGCCUAUGUAGCAGUAACCUUAAGGGCUGGAGGUGGGGCCAAGAAUACUGAUCUGGAGGAAGGUGAUGCUAUAGGCCUAUGUAGCAGUAACCUUAAGGGCUGGAGGUGGGGACAAGAAUACUAAUCUGGAGGAAGGUGAUGCUAUAGGCCUAUGUAGCAGUAACCUUAAGGGCUGGAGGUGGGGCCAAUAAUACUAAUCUGGAGGAAGGUGAUGAUAUAGGCCUAUGUAGCAGUAACCUUAAGGGCUGGAGGUGGGGACAAGAAUACUAAUAGGAUAUCAUCAGGUCCCAGCUGGAAUAAAAUUAGUUGGUUGAACCUUGAAAGGUCUACUUAAUUUUGUCUAAUUUUAGGAAAAUGAGUUGGGCCAAAGAGAGGCUGAGGGAGGGUUGAUAGAUUUCCAAUCCAAUAGAAUCAUUCUGUGUGCCAACAGGGAGGCAAAGGCAAUGGCAUCUAGCAGUCUAUUGGUCAGGGAAGGAUUGUUGUUUGGUAAAAAUAGCCAUUUCUGCACUAGGCUGCCACUCUAUAUCAAAUGCUUCAGAAAGUGUUUUAAAUAUAGUGAACCAGUAGUCUGCCAGACAGGGACAAAACCAGAUUAUGUGAGUGCCAAAGAGCUUUUACACUUGUCACAUGUACCAUCAAUAUUUGGGUAGAAUUUGGAGAGCCUGGCCUUACUGAAAUGGAUACAGUGAAGUAUAAAGCUGAGCCGGGCACAAGAGGAGCUUCCAUUUACCCUAAGCAAGGCACUAUUCCAGACUUCGUCCGAGGUCUCUCAACCAAGUUCCCUUUCCCGCUCAGAUCUAAUUUUAUUAAGUGAUGGGUUAUCAAAGGACAUGAUUAUCUCAAAAAUACCUACAUUUGGAAAUACCUAAAUACACUUGAAUGGGGUAGAUUGCCAAUGUUGAUGACCUCGCUAUCAAAUGUAAAGGUGCCAUCAAUAUAAAGGCCAUUCCUCUCUCACAGACUUCAAGCUGAAUCCAGUUUGGCUGAAAGGAAGAGGUGAUUAUUACAUAUAGGAACUUAGAGAAUUCACAGAAUUUAAAGUGUUGACGGAAUUAAGGCCAAAUUUUAAGAAUAUUGACAACAAUUGGAUUGGAUGUGUAGCGCAAAGCUGAAAUAGUAAGAUUGGAGGUGACUAAAGCUGACAAAGAGGAAGAGAAAUAGGGGUUGACUUCUGUUUGACACAAGUCAGUUUCUGGGGUGCGAAGCCAGUAAACAAUAUUUUGUAUAUUCAAUGCCCAGCAAUAAUGCAUAAAGUUAGGAAGGACUUGUGUGUUCUAUCUCUCUGGAGGAAUGCUUUAUGUAUUCUUGGACUCCCACCGCUCCCCCCAAAAAGAUAUAAACUUAUCCACUAAAGUGAAAAAAGGCUGAUGUUUUGGCAGUGUCGGAGGUGUAGCUGCAUUAGAGCAGUCAAAUCGGUGAGCAGCUGCUCUUGAUCACUGUCAUGAAACCACACCGUCCCACUGGCGUUAGAAGUUCAGAAUAAGAAAGUGUAGGCUAUAUAGAAAUAAUGAUGCUCUAAUUGAAAAUCAUUGAUCUAAAUAAUGAGGAUUUCUAUCAGCCUAAUCGAGGUGAAGAUUACAUCUCACAUUCUAGUGUUCGAACUUGUAAACAAGGCUACAUGGGAUUUCUCUUAAUGCGACGCUGUGCAGCCAAUGGCAAUGUCCGAUGGAGGUAUAAUGCCAGGAGCCCUUGUGGAUUUGACAGCUCUAACGCAGUUCACCUCCGACACCGCCAAAACAACCUCUAUGCAGAUGUCGGCUAAAGUGGAUCUGAUUGAAUAGAGCAAUAAGAGAGUAAGGUUCAAACUUAAUUUCAAUUUACUUCACUUCUAGUAAUUCACAGUAUGUAAUAUGAAGGAUUCUCAUUACAAAUUUGAUUUGUGUUUUGUUUUUGUACGGAAGAAUAAAGUGUCCUUAAUUGCCAAGUA